AUGCCAAUGGUGCUAGAAGAUUAUCAGAAGAAUUUCCUUGAUUUGGCAAUUGAGUCUCAGGCUCUAAGGUUCGGCACUUUUACCUUGAAAUCAGGUAGGACAUCUCCAUACUUUUUUAAUUUGGGAUUGUUUAAUACAGGUAAAUUGUUGUCAAAUUUAGCAACCGCUUAUGCAAUUGCAAUAAUUCAAUCUGAUUUAAAAUUUGAUGUUAUAUUUGGUCCUGCAUACAAGGGUAUUCCACUAGCUUCCAUCGUUUGUGUAAAACUUGCAGAGAUUGGUGGCUCGAAGUUUCAAGAUGUUCAAUAUGCAUUUAAUAGAAAAGAGGCAAAAGACCAUGGCGAAGGCGGUAAUAUAGUGGGCGCAACUCUCGAAAACAAGAGAAUUUUAAUCAUUGACGAUGUGAUGACUGCAGGUACUGCAAUCAACGAAGCGUUUGAGAUCAUUGCAAAUGCAAAUGGUAAAGGUGUUGGCUCUAUCAUUGCUCUUGAUAGACAAGAAGUUGUCAGUACUGAUGAUAGGGAGGGCUUAAGCGCAACUCAAAGCGUGAGUAAAAGAUAUGGUAUUCCAGUUCUGAGUAUCGUUUCCCUAACUCAUAUCAUAGCUUAUUUAGAUGGCAGAAUUUCCCCGGAAGAGAAAAGUGCAAUUGAACAAUAUCGUCAAACAUAUGGUGUUUAA